AUGUCCAAUCAACCUUCCAGCACGGCGCGCCUGAGCACCAGCGAUCGACGCCGGCUUGUCAGCCUGUCUGCUGAGAAGUGCCUUGCUACCAACGGGCACGUCGCUGCUGCUCGUCGCUGCCACCUCCACACACCAGGAAGUGUCAACUGGUGCAGGUGGCGAGGCCCUAUUGGUGGAUACCUUGAGGAAUUUUCUAAAACCCACCUAUCGGAGACGAGUUGCUCUGGUGAGUGUGAUGGUGAUGAGUGUUAA